CUUCUGGCUACUGCUCCCUCUAAUAAGCUUGGAAGAUGGGCAUCAGCCUCGAGGAGAUCAAAAACGAGACCGUUGAUCUGGAACGGAUUCCUAUUGAGGAAGUUUUCGAGCAGUUGAAAUGUACAAGAGAAGGGUUGACUACCGAGGAAGGCAACAAUCGCCUUCAAGUUUUUGGACCAAACAAACUAGAAGAGAAAAAGGAGAGCAAAGUGCUCAAGUUCUUGGGUUUUAUGUGGAACCCUUUGUCAUGGGUCAUGGAAGCUGCUGCUAUAAUGGCCAUUGCCCUGGCAAAUGGUGAUGGAAGGCCUCCGGACUGGCAGGACUUCGUUGGUAUCAUUGUCCUGUUGGUGAUCAACUCCACCAUUAGUUUUAUUGAAGAAAAUAAUGCUGGUAACGCUGCAGCUGCUCUCAUGGCUAAUCUUGCUCCAAAAACUAAGGUUCUUAGAGAUGGUCGAUGGAGCGAGCAAGAAGCAGCAAUUCUAGUUCCAGGGGACAUUAUCACUAUUAAAUUGGGAGACAUAGUUCCUGCGGAUGCUCGUCUUCUUGAGGGUGAUCCUUUGAAGAUUGAUCAAUCUGCUCUUACUGGGGAGUCUCUUCCUGUCACGAAGAAUCCAUCAGAUGAAGUGUUUUCUGGUUCAACGUGUAAACAGGGAGAAAUAGAAGCAGUUGUUAUUGCAACUGGUGUUCACACAUUCUUUGGUAAAGCUGCCCACCUAGUGGACAGCACCAAUCAAGUUGGACAUUUCCAGAAAGUGCUUACUGCCAUUGGUAAUUUCUGCAUCUGCUCAAUUGCAGUUGGAAUAGCCGUUGAGUUAAUAGUCAUGUACCCAAUACAGCACCGCAAGUACAGGGAUGGGAUUGACAAUUUACUGGUUCUCUUGAUUGGUGGAAUCCCAAUCGCUAUGCCAACUGUGUUGUCUGUCACCAUGGCUAUUGGUUCCCACAGGCUAUCUCAACAAGGGGCUAUCACAAAGAGAAUGACAGCCAUUGAAGAAAUGGCAGGAAUGGAUGUUCUUUGCAGUGAUAAGACUGGAACUCUGACUUUGAAUAAACUUACCGUUGAUAGAAACCUAAUUGAAGUAUUUGCAAAGGGAGUCGAAAGAGAGCAUGUUAUUCUUUAUGCUGCAAGGGCUUCAAGGACUGAAAAUCAGGAUGCUAUUGAUGCUGCAAUUGUAGGAAUGCUUGCAGAUCCAAAGGAGGCACGUGCUGGCAUUCGAGAGAUUCACUUCCUUCCAUUCAACCCUGUAGACAAGAGAACUGCACUAACCUACAUUGAUUCUGAUGGAAACUGGCAUCGUGCUAGCAAAGGUGCACCGGAGCAGAUUAUAACUCUUUGCAAUUGCAAAGAAGAUGUCAAGAGAAAGGUUCAUGCAGUUAUUGAUAAAUUUGCUGAACGUGGGCUUCGGUCUUUAGCUGUUGCAAGACAGGAAAUACCUGAGAAAACAAAAGAUAGUCCUGGGGCACCAUGGGAGUUUGUUGGUUUGUUGCCACUAUUUGAUCCUCCAAGGCAUGAUAGCGCUGAGACAAUCAGAAGAGCUCUUAACCUUGGAGUGAAUGUUAAGAUGAUUACCGGGGACCAGCUUGCAAUUGGCAAGGAAACCGGCAGGAGGCUUGGAAUGGGAACAAACAUGUAUCCUUCAUCUUCUUUGCUGGGCCAAGACAAGGACGCUUCCAUUGCUGCUCUCCCUAUAGAUGAAUUGAUUGAGAAGGCUGAUGGAUUUGCAGGAGUGUUUCCAGAACACAAAUAUGAAAUAGUUAAGAGGCUACAGGAGAGAAAACAUAUUUGUGGCAUGACAGGAGAUGGUGUGAAUGAUGCCCCUGCUUUAAAGAAGGCAGACAUCGGAAUUGCUGUUGCUGAUGCUACAGAUGCCGCUCGAAGUGCUUCAGACAUCGUACUGACUGAACCCGGGCUAAGUGUCAUUAUCAGUGCAGUGCUGACCAGCAGGGCUAUUUUCCAAAGGAUGAAGAACUACACUAUCUAUGCAGUUUCAAUCACCAUACGUAUUGUGUUUGGCUUCAUGUUUAUUGCCUUGAUAUGGAAGUUUGACUUUGCACCCUUCAUGGUUUUAAUUAUUGCCAUCCUGAACGACGGUACAAUCAUGACAAUUUCCAAGGACAGAGUGAAGCCAUCUCCAAUGCCAGACAGCUGGAAACUGAAGGAGAUUUUUGCUACUGGCAUUGUGCUUGGAGGUUACUUAGCGCUAAUGACUGUGAUAUUCUUCUGGGCAAUGAUAGACACCAAUUUCUUCUCAGUAAGAACCUCGUUUGCUAUGUAUCCUUUACGUAUUGUUUUGGUGAUAUUUCUUUUAAUUUUCCAUUUCCUCUUUUUUCAGGACACAUUUCACGUUAGGUCACUUAGGAAUAGUAAUGAAGAAAUGAUGGCAGCUUUAUACCUUCAAGUUAGUAUUGUGAGUCAGGCCCUCAUUUUCGUCACAAGGUCUCGCAGUUGGUCCUAUUUUGAACGUCCUGGACUUCUACUAGUCAGUGCUUUUAUGAUUGCUCAGCUGGUGGCUACUCUGAUAGCGGUGUAUGCAAAUUGGGGUUUCGCAAGGAUUAAAGGUAUGGGUUGGGGAUGGGCCGGUGUAAUCUGGCUAUACAGUGUGGUAACAUAUAUCCCAUUGGAUCUUCUCAAGUUUGCAAUACGUUAUGUUCUUAGUGGAAAAGCUUGGGAUAACCUUUUGGAGAACAGGAUUGCCUUCACUACGAAGAAAGAUUAUGGAAAAGAGGAGAGAGAAGCACAAUGGGCAGCUGCGCAGAGAACUCUGCAUGGCCUUCAACCACCUGAAACCUCAAGCAUUUUCCAUGAAAAGAGCAGUUACAGGGAACUUUCAGAAAUUGCGGAGCAGGCCAAGCGCAGGGCUGAGGUUGCAAGGCUGAGGGAGCUGAAUACACUGAAGGGACAUGUUGAAUCCGUUGUUAAGCUCAAGGGGCUUGAUAUCGAUACCAUUCAGCAGCAUUACACUGUUUAAAGAGUGACGAUGAACAAGGCCCUUUUCACCGCUAAUAUUAGUAUUAAUUAUUAUUUCCAGACUUGGGUCCAUUUUCCUUUU